AUGAAGAAGCAAAAUCCAAAGAAGAGAGGCUCAGGUCCUAAGGAAGCAAGAAGGGCAACCAAAUCAAUGAAGGAAAUCCUUUCUUCAGCAAAAGAAUCGAAGAAAACGCUGAAAGAUGGAUUACCAACGACGAUUACAUCGAGUCCUGCGAGUUCAGAGGAGGAGAAUGGAUUUUUAAGGCGCGGAAGAAAGAGGGAGGAGGAUCGGAAGAGAGAUGGGAUCAAUUGCGGCGAGACGGCAGAUGAGAAGAGGCAGCGCGUGGCUAAAGCUUAUGUAGAUAAGACCUUAGGGAGCAUUGAGAGAAGAGAAGAUGAGGAAGAGGAAAGAAGAGGAGGAAGAAAGAAGUUUGAGAAGGACGGGGAGAGAGAUUCUCGUGUGCUUAAGAAGUUGAUGCAGGCCCAGCUCGAGGAGAGUGGAUUGAGAAGAGCUAUUGCUUCUAGGGUUGAAAAGCCAGAAACUGUUGGUGGAUUCGAGGUCCUAGUGAAACAUCGGCAUUCUGUUACUGCUGUAUGUCUAGCUGAAGAUGACUUGAAGGGAUUUUCUUCUUCCAAAGAUGGCACAAUUUUGCAGUGGGAUGUAGACACUGCGAAAAGUGAAAAGUACAGAUGGCCUAAUGAAGAAACAUUGAGGCUUCAUGGGGCAAAGAAUCCAGAAGGUCAAGCUACAAAGCACAGUAAACAGGUUCUAGCAUUGGCUGUUAGCUCUGAUGGUCGGUAUUUGGCAAGUGGAGGAUUAGAUCGGCAUGUUCACAUAUGGGACACUCGGACAAGAGAACAUAUUCAGGCUUUUCCAGGUCAUAGAGGGCCUGUGUCAUGCCUAACUUUUAGGCAAGGCACUUCAGAACUUUUCUCUGGUUCCUUUGAUCGAUCAAUUAAAGUAUGGAAUGUGGAAGACAGGGCUUAUAUAAACACGUUGUUUGGUCACCAAAGUGAAGUUUUGACUGUUGAUUGCCUGCGGAAAGAACGGUUGUUGGCUACUGGACGUGAUCGGACUAUGCAGUUGUUUAAGGUCCCUGAGGAGUCGAGGUUGAUAUUUCGUGCUUCAGCAUCGUCUCUGGAAUGUUGUUGUUUUAUUGAUAAUGAUGAAUUUUUAUCUGGUUCGGAUGAUGGAAAUAUUGAGGUCUGGGGCAUGCAAAAAAAGAAGCCCGUGUACAUUGUGAGGAAUGCUCAUGCUCUCUUUACUGACAACACAAAUUUGGAGCAAAAAGAAAAUGGAAGCAUCUUUAAUGGUGAUAAAGCAUGUUCCUGGGUAAGUUCAGUCACUGUAUGUAGAGGCAGUGAUCUUGCUGCGUCAGGGGCUGGUAAUGGUUCUGUUCACUUAUGGGCUAUUGAAAGUGCUCCGGCUUGCAUUCGACCUCUGUAUGAUGUUCCAUUGGUUGGAUUUGUCAAUUCACUAGCUUUUUCCAAAUCUGGAGAGUUCCUUGUUGCUGGAGUUGGUCAGGAGCCUCGCCUAGGAAGGUGGGGGCAAAUUUCAGCUGCUCGAAAUGGAGUAGCGAUUCAUCGGUUGAAACAUUCAUAGUAUGUAGAAAAUUUUUUGACCUUCCCAGUUUUGAUCACUUAGAAGAAAGAAAUUAAAUGAGAGAGUCUGUACCUUUGUGAUUUGGUGUUGUCCAAAUUGUAUAUUUAAUGCCGGCAGCGGAUUUUGCAAUCUUGUGCGUACCAUAGAGUUGUUUUCUUGGAUUUUCUAAUCUUCAAAGGGAAUGGGAUAAAUAUGUUAAUUCAUGUGGAGAAUUUUCAUCUUUGGUGCGUACCAAGAAUCAUUGACUGCAGUUUAAUCAUUCUUGUUCUAUUGAUUUGAUUUGAAUUCAAUUCCAAUUUAAAA